CAACAGACACGCGAGGUCAGGGAGAAGCCGCUUAUAAAUUACCGCUUCCUCCGCGCCGCCGCCAGCGUCGUGCUCCGGGACCUGGCUGCUGCCGAGCUCCCGUGCCCAGCCACCAACGCCGCGAUCGCCGCCAGUCCCGCCAGCCUCGCCAGCCCGGGGCCAUCCGCUGUGGGCUUAGCCACCCAGGUGCAGAGCCAGUGCCACAGCCUCUUCAGAGGAGCCUCUCAAGCCCAAGCAGUAGCUGGUGUUAGGCACCAUCUUGUAGCCCUGGAAGCCGCUGCCACCGCCACCCGCUGCACCAACGUCCGUCAGCCUGACAGAGUUAGAUAUGACUCCCGUGCACCCAGAAAACGAGGAGAUGGCCACCAAGGAGAAGCUGCAAUGUCUGAAAGACUUCCACAAAGACAUCCUGAAGCCUUCUCCAGGGAAGAGUCCAGGCACACGGCCUGAGGAUGAGGCUGACGGGAAGCCCCCUCAGAGGGAGAAGUGGUCCAGCAAGAUCGACUUUGUGCUGUCUGUGGCCGGAGGCUUUGUGGGUUUGGGCAACGUCUGGCGUUUCCCGUACCUCUGCUACAAAAAUGGUGGAGGUGCGUUCCUCAUACCGUAUUUUAUUUUCCUGUUUGGGAGUGGCCUGCCUGUGUUUUUCCUGGAGGUCAUCAUAGGCCAGUACACCUCAGAAGGGGGCAUCACCUGCUGGGAGAAGAUCUGCCCCUUGUUCUCUGGCAUUGGCUAUGCGUCCAUCGUCAUCGUGUCCCUCCUGAACGUGUACUACAUCGUCAUCCUGGCCUGGGCCACAUACUACCUAUUCCACUCUUUCCAGAAGGAUCUUCCUUGGGCCCACUGCAACCAUAGCUGGAACACACCACAGUGCAUGGAGGACACCCUGCGUAGGAACGAGACUCACUGGGUCUCCCUUAGCACCGUCAACUUCACCUCGCCUGUCAUCGAGUUCUGGGAGCGUAAUGUGCUGAGCCUGUCCUCCGGAAUUGACGACCCAGGCAGUCUGAAAUGGGACCUCGCGCUCUGCCUCCUCUUAGUCUGGCUUGUCUGUUUUUUCUGCAUCUGGAAGGGUGUUCGAUCCACAGGCAAGGUUGUUUACUUCACUGCUACUUUCCCGUUUGCCAUGCUUCUGGUGCUGCUGGUCCGUGGACUGACCCUGCCAGGUGCUGGUGAAGGCAUCAAAUUCUACCUGUAUCCUGACAUCAGCCGCCUUGAGGACCCACAGGUGUGGAUCGACGCUGGAACUCAGAUAUUCUUUUCCUACGCUAUCUGCCUGGGGGCCAUGACCUCACUGGGAAGCUACAACAAGUACAAGUAUAACUCGUACAGGGACUGUAUGCUGCUGGGAUGCCUGAACAGUGGUACCAGUUUUGUGUCUGGCUUCGCAAUUUUUUCCAUCCUGGGCUUCAUGGCACAAGAGCAAGGGGUGGACAUUGCUGAUGUGGCUGAGUCAGGUCCUGGCUUGGCCUUCAUUGCCUACCCAAAAGCUGUGACCAUGAUGCCGCUGCCCACCUUUUGGUCCAUUCUGUUUUUUAUUAUGCUCCUCUUGCUUGGACUGGACAGCCAGUUUGUUGAAGUCGAAGGACAGAUCACAUCCUUGGUUGAUCUUUACCCGUCCUUCCUAAGGAAGGGUUAUCGUCGGGAAAUCUUCAUCGCCAUUGUGUGUAGCAUCAGCUACCUGCUGGGGCUGACGAUGGUGACGGAGGGUGGCAUGUAUGUGUUUCAACUCUUUGACUACUAUGCAGCUAGUGGUGUAUGCCUUUUGUGGGUUGCAUUCUUUGAAUGUUUUGUUAUUGCCUGGAUAUAUGGCGGUGAUAACUUAUAUGACGGUAUUGAGGACAUGAUUGGCUAUCGGCCUGGGCCCUGGAUGAAGUACAGCUGGGCUGUCAUCACUCCAGCUCUCUGUGUUGGGUGUUUCAUCUUCUCUCUUGUCAAGUAUGUACCCCUGACCUACAACAAAGUCUACCGGUACCCUGAUUGGGCAAUUGGGCUGGGCUGGGGCCUGGCCCUUUCCUCCAUGAUAUGUAUCCCCUUGGUCAUUGUCAUCCUCCUCUGCCGGACGGAGGGACCGCUCCGUGUGAGAAUCAAAUAUCUGAUAACCCCCAGGGAGCCCAACCGAUGGGCUGUGGAGCGUGAAGGGGCCACACCCUUUCACUCCCGAGCAACCCUCAUGAACGGCGCACUCAUGAAACCCAGUCAUGUCAUUGUGGAGACCAUGAUGUGAAGUUUGGGCCAUGCGACAGGCGCCGCUUUCCUGCUGUUUACUAACGUUAGAUUCUCAUAGGACCAGGUUUACAGAGCUUUAUAUUUGUACUAGGAUUUUUUUUUUUAAUUGUCACAGAAAAUGUUACUCUAUGUGUGUGUGUAUGUGUAUCGUAUGUGUCUGUAUAUGUGUAUUUUGUUUUGUUUAGGGGAUAUUUUGUACAAAAUGAAAACCCAUGGGCCUAUGUCCUGGGGAGAGGAUGGACUUUCAUAUUGAUUUCGAUGUAUUUUAUGGGAACUUGGUAAAUUUUUCUUUGUAUUUUUUUAACAUAUAACUAUAUAUACUUAGAGUCUGUCAUACACUUUGCCACUUGAAUUGGUCUUGCCAGCAACGGAUCUCGUUUUUCAAAAGCAAUUCUUCGGUGCUUCUAUAGCUGGCAGAAAGUUCUGCCCAAUAACAAAUGAAAAAGAGAAAAAAAAUAAUACUAAAUGCUGGGUGGAAUUUUCCUAUGAUGGUGGAUAUAUCUUCAAGAAAGGUGUAGUCCCUUCUGAGCUGGUUCAGGAGGAAGAACACAGCUGAGGAGAGGGAGCCCCCACUAGCAACAGACCUGAGGGGCAGGAGAGAGCAGGGCCUCACUUUUUCUCAGCCAACAAGAAAGAUGCCAAAUAAUGACCCAGCCUCAGCUUGAAGGAUUGAUCUGAGGGCUGCUGAAGCAGUUGUACCAGGGCCAAAUGCCUGCCCUUUUAUUUUGAAGUAAUGGGGUGGGUAGUCAGUGGGACUGUCUGAACCACCGUGGGUAUUAGAGGCAGGAAUGGGAUGUCUGAAUGUCUGGUGAGAAGGGGGCUUGGGUCUGUGAGCCUCUGCAGGCAUAGGUAGAAACUGUGUCCUUUCUUGAGCACUCAGUAUGGUUGCCUGAAGCCAGUCCAGAGGAGCUUCUGGGGCUUCAGAAUGGGGUUCACACUCAGGUAUUCUGUCUGCUGUAUUCGAGUGGAGUCAUGGUGUAUCAAGAAGAAUGUAUUUUGGUGAGGGCCAGGGCAGGGGAGGCCAGUGGACCAAAUGACAUUAGUAGCUCAGGAGGGUGAGUGUACCCCAGACUGGUAAGUGUACCCCAGGAAGGCACUUUUCUUCUUUGCCUCUUGACAAACUCUUGUCAAAGAUACCACCCCAGAACCAUCCAGUUCCCAGCAAGGAAUGCUCUGAGUGGCUGUAGACCCUGGAUCUUACCGGAUCUGAGUUUAAGUACAGAGCCAACUUGGUAGUGACCUCAGAUAAUUUCCAAGCCACUGCACUGGCUGUUGGACAGGUAUUUGCCCACCAGGGAACUGCAGAGAGAAGACAAAGGAAAGUUUUGUAGGUUGAAGUUGUCUCCACAGAGAUGAGGUCAGUACUCCAGAGCUGCCCAAUGUCAGGCAGGGCUGUUUCCUUCUGAACCAGGAGAGGGCACUACACCUUCACCCCAGCCUCCACUGGGCCCAACUGUGCCAUCCUGAACUUCUUUGACAAAUGUACACAUUUUUCUGUCUCCAAAGCAAUGGACUCUGCCAAGUGACCCUCUAAUCCUCUUCCAGUGGCUGUUGACUCAGCCACCCAUGAUUGUACCGUGUUCCUGUUGUCCUGUGUAUUUCUGGUUGCUUUUGUGUGUUUUUUUGUUUUUGUUUCUGUUUUGAGUGUUGGAGUCCUCCUUCCCCGAUUUUACCGACUUGUAAUGUACCCUGGUUUUCUUUUGUUCUAUGGAACCUUAAAAGUAACCACUGUGGGUGAUUGGAAGACAGGUGAAGUGUAAGGGAGAGGGGGCUAGUCCAGCUGUGGCAAUGUCUGUGGUCAUGCCCGUCUACUCUACCCCCAACCCCCACCAGGCACACCCCUCCGGCGAGCCUUCAGUAUUUUGGGUUGGCAGACAAAUGGCACCAUUCUGGAAACGGCCUGAGAAAGGCCUUUUUAAUCAUUCCCAGAUCAAAUUCUAGACCAAAGACACAGCAGGCCAAGUCCCCAGGCCCUGCCUGGAUGGAAGGCCAGCCACCUCCCGAGCCCACUCCCCGACAGCAUCCCCUCACCUGUCUUCAAUACCCACCACUCUCACCCAGCCCCCUGGCCCUGAUAACUCUUGUUGUGAUGCUUGUGUUUUCAUGUCUGCAUGUAAGUAACAUUUUGAAGUCGAGCUCGUGACUCUGGUCCACCUGCCUCUUGGAGAGAGGGCUAAGCUGUUCACCAACCAGCCCUUGCCUGGAUCAGGCCAGAUCCUGUCCUGCCUGUCAGAUGUAGACAGGAAGCAAGGAACAUUGCCAGGUUUAGAUGAGGACCUUAGGUGGGCCCAGGAGAACUCUCCUGGGAGAUGUUAUUUGGUCCUAAGAGUUGUGUUACCUCCCAAGUGGAGGAUCCCUACUGGGCACUGUGGAUAGCCCCAGAGGCCCAAUCCAAGGCACUUGUGUAAACAGGAGAAUAGGCCUAGCAUGGGACUUACACUGUGAGCUAAGUGGAAUUGGACAUUUGAGUCAUUUGUAGCUCCAGGCUCUCCAAGACAUAGUAGAGGGAAGGUAGGACCAGGACAUUGUCUAAGUAAACUGUCAAGCCUUCCCUGUUAACCAAAGGCCAGAGCUGAUGAUGGCCCCUGCUCCAUAUUCAUGGAGCUGAGAGCAAUACCCACUCGUGCCCGUCCUCACUAUCCUGCUCACUCAGGCCCCGUGCCACCCUUCCUGCCUUCCUUUCUCCUCCAAAGCCUUUGGGAACUUGAAAUUGAUACACCCUCCCCUCAAAUUGUACCACAGGAAACUGAGGGCCAAAGACAUCCCUAGUGUGGAGAGCCUUAGCCAGGGUAUAUGGGCAGGCCUUAGACCUCCAUGUAGCCCAAGGCUAUGCAGGAAGUAGCCUGAGAGGGUUUCUUUUCCUUCUCUGCCUCUGGCCUCUAGUCCUCACCUCAGCUCCGUAACCCACCUUGGAAAGCCAUGCAGACCAUGGCAAAGCAUGAGGGGAAAGCCGCAUGUGCCCCCUCUGCACAGGAGGGGCUUUCUCUAUCAUAGGGUGUCACUACCAUGGCUGACAGCAUUCCAGCCCCGCCCCUCUGGACGAGGCAAUGCUCUAGCAAUCAGUCUAACAGGUGCCAGCCCAGUUCCUCUCUCCAAGAUGCAGACACAAGCCAGGAAGGCACCUAGAGAAGGCCCCUCACAGUCCCACUCGAACUUGAGACCCCUGUCCCUAUGGACACUGUAAAUACCUCUGUGUACACACCCCUCCUUCAUCAAGUCCCAAACCACACACACAACAAAACCCAGAGAUGGAGUGGGGCGUCCCAGAAGCCAGAGCAGUGCUCCCUCCUUCCCUCCUCCAUGCUGAUCUCCCAGGAGUCAGGCCUUCAUAGGAAACUGGCUGUCCAUGCUCUCUGGGAGGGAGGAGGAGUGGUGGUGUCAUUACAGGCAUGUUCUGGCAUGUUCCCUGAAGGACAGAGCAUUUUGUUAUAUAUUUGGCUUCAAAAUGAGAUGGUAGUUUCCAUUUUUUUUUUAACCAAUUAAUCUUUCCAAUCCCUAACAACUGUGACUGUAUUUAGCACAAGAGAAAAGCUGAGAACGUGGGUUUUGCCUCCUUCAGAAAUAUGUCUGGCUCAUCAGGACAUUUUUUAAAAACUUCAAAAUAUUUUUAAGAUAUUUUAAACUUUUGUAAAAAACAAAAAACAAAACAAAAAAACCAAAUGCGCACACACACAUACACACACACACACACACACACACACACACACACACACAACCUGAAACCAACCAAGAAGGGAAGGAGCGUUUGUGUUUGAAGGAUCCUUGGUGUGUGACCUGUCUUGCAGUAUACAAGCUCUGUGUAUGUUUAAUUACAACGACCCCGCAUUUUGCAGGGUUUGGGUUUUUUCCUCUUUUGCUUUUUAGAUGAAUAUGUAUAUUGAUAUUUUAAAUCCAUCUUUGCUUUUUUUAGAGGAGUUUAUAAUCACCUUGUAACACAACAAUAAACAUUUCCUUUUUAAAAUCCAA